GCAGCCCGAUUGCGGUGACUUCUUUUGCUGCCCAAACUCAGAUUACAGCAGGGACGCGGCGGAGCCGGGGUGCUGUUGGAGACACAACAACUGGCAAUUUGUACCAUCUUCUCAAAGAAACAGCUUUACUAGAGAGUUUGUGUCUCUCUUUUAAGAAGUAAUUCUUCGUUUGAACUAAUACGCAAAUAUGUCCUGGCAAUCCUACGUGGAUAACCUCUUGGCCGAUGGCAGCUGCCAGGACGCCGCCAUUGUUGGGUACACGGACGCUAAAUACGUCUGGGCAUCGCAGACCGGUGGUACUUUCGCCAACAUAACGCCAACAGAAAUCGACGUCCUAGUAGGCAAAGACAGAGAGAGCUUCUUCACCAACGGUCUGACUUUAGGAAACAAGAAGUGCUCCGUCAUCAGAGACAGCCUACCGGUCGAUGGGGAUUGGACAAUGGACAUCAGGACAAAGAGUCAAGGAGGAGAGCCAACAUACAAUGUUUCCGUAGGAAAAGCUGGCAAAGCAUUGGUUUUAGUCAUGGGGAAGGAGGGUAUCCACGGAGGGCAACUCAACAAGAAAGCAUAUACCAUGGCUGAUUACCUGCGGAAGUCUGGAUAUUAAAGCGCUCUCUUCCCAUCUACCUUAGCAACUCAUUCUUAUCACAACCUGGUUGCGUUUUGACACUACGUCCUGUUGUAGUUUAUAGUUGCUUCUUUUCCCUCACAACCGUUUUUUUUUUUUUUUUUUUAAAUUUUAUUUGAUUUUCAUUUGUAUUUUUGCCCAUCCUCCCCCUCCCAACCGGUUCACGAUGUCUUUCCCCACCCCACCCCUCAUGUUCAUUCAUCUAACAAUGUGUACCCCCAGUCACAAUACACUACUGCUGCACCAAGACUUGAGAGGCAUGUUAACAGGAUAUUGACAACAUAUGUACUUUAUAUAGGAAACAUUAGAGCGUGUAACCUAGCCAUUAUGUAUUGUAUCAAGACAUAGCAGAAGAAGCUGCAGUACCCCCUGAAUUGCAACUGACAUGUUUCUCCCCUCCAUGCUGCCCAUGCCUGGUAGUUCAGUUAAACUAAUGCCUUUUUGAGCACUUGAGCAGUUCAAACGGAUAAUUUAAAAAGCUCACAUGGUCUUCCUGCUCGUGUUUUUUUGAGACAGGAGAGCUGCGCGCAUAUCUUAAAACCUACUGAACUGCCUUUAUAACAGGUUUCCCCUCAUCCCCCACACUUUGUCUUGUAGUCCCUUAUGUAGCCCUUAAAUUGUCCAUCCUCCCCAUGCCACGUUCACAUUAUAACACUAUUGUUUUCGAUUGUAGGUAACACUCCAACCCCAAAGGAGGCUUUGCCUCUAUCCAUCACCACUGAAAGCAAACUAAAUGUGUAGCCCUUGAACCCUCUAACAAUACCUUUUUUUUGUUUGUUUGUUUUUUUUCCUUCAAUGGGGGUGGGAGGGGUGGAGUUGUUCCUUGGAUGCAGUCUGUUGAGCUAUUGGUCUGGCAUUUUUGUUCCCCCUUCUGGGUUUAAAUGGCAAAGUGUUGCGCUGAGAUGCAGGUAGAAGUUUCCUUAACACCAACACCCCUCUUCAGCACAUCCCUGAUGGCCUAGAUCUCAUGGACAUUCCAUCAUUACAAUAGCUCAGGCACUUAUCUAUUGUUUGCCAGCUCCUGUAAUAUAUAUAUAUAUAAUUUUUUUUUCUUGCAUUUUUUUAUGCUGCCGUUCUGGACAGUAGUUUUGCCCCAGCAUAUAUAUAUAUAUUAUAUAACCAUCUGGAUUGCGUCCAGUUUGAAUUUCAUUUUUCAUAGGACCAAGUUUUAGUUGCAGCUCGGGUUUUUUGACACAUUUGCUCCAAAUUGUUGUGAAGGAAGACACGCUAGACCCACCACCAUUUCGACUCACGAAAAGUCCAACAUUAAGACCACUGGUAUGCUAUGGAUGGCUAUGUAAUUAAAAAAGUCUCCUCAUAUGUCAGAUUUUCAGAAAAAAAAAGUUGUUGGUUCUUUUUUUAUUCUUACUUACUGCAUUUGUAAACCCAUGCUGUGUAAAAAAGGAAACAAAAACUGUGGAAUAAAUUGCCUUCUAAAGUCAUGAUCUAAAGAUGUGGUAUCACCCUGUCUGUCCUUGCUCGGUACUAAAUGUCAUGUCCAAAUGAAGAUCCUUAUUAAAAAAAUGACGAAAAAAGUAGAAUGACACUCAUUGAAUGGGAGGUGGUUAUCGGUUGGAAUAAGCAUUUUUGGUUGUCUUGUUGACACUUUAAAAUACAAAAGACAAAAAAAAUACUGUGUAACCUGUGCCAUAAUCUCAAGAUGAUCUGUUGCUAUUGUGGAGCUGGUUUUAAGUCUAGUCCAGAGAAAGGAGUCGUCUUAGCACUUGGUUUAAGAAUAUUUUCGUAGAAAUGUUCAGACCUUGUGAAGUUCUGUGUACAGACUGAAAGAGAGAUAAAGUAGUGCUUGUGUGCUGACAUAAAGUUUUGUUUUCUUUUUUUUUUCUUAAUUUCUUUUCCCUGCACCCUUUAUUCCUACUUGGAUACAAUCUAACAUGUCCACAGAUGUCUGUUAUAUGCAUAAACCAAGAAAUGCCAUAAAAUUGAUUUUAUCACGUUGUUUACAGACAGAUCAAAUAAAUUUAUUCCAACCAGA